AUGGUCUUAUUUUUUCGCUUAGAUUUGGAAAACUCCGUCAUUUUGAGAUACAACAAAACUGAUCACUUGACCUCGUUGAGGAACUGGCUUGCACCUGUCAAAUCUCUCUGGAGGCGUUGUUGGCGUGCAUCCGUGGACGGCUGGGCUGCAAGUACAUUUCACUCCCGAUGUGACGGCAAGGGUCCGACUGUGACAAUUAUAAGGGUCGGGAGAUAUAUUUUUGGAGGAUACACCAGUCUAUCAUGGGGUAAGUGAGCAUUGUAAAUAGAGAUAUUACGAUAACACCUUUUCCGUUACCAGCACAAAGGAAGUUACAUGUAAAUGUACUGGUGAGGAAUAUGGUGGACCAUAUGGAGUGACUGAGUCUGUUGAUCCUCCAAAGAAGGCGUGCUUUUAGCCAGCAGAACAGGUUUAAAUUUCAUGUUGUCAUCGACUAUUGAAUCUUUGGAAAAUGAGGUAACAUGGAACUUUUUGUAGCCUCUAGGCACUCUGCAUCUGCUACCUUACAAAACAUCAUUACAAAAAUUGUGUUAAAAGACUUUUAAAAAAUAUGUAUUAUUUUCAUGCACUGUACUCACUGUAUGUCUUUUCAUUGGCUAAGAGCCUACAGUUCAUUUUGGAAAUCAGCUUAAAAUACAGGCAAGACCCCAAUAGUGGGGUCCAUUGGGCUGCCGACUGCGCGGUCUACAGUCUACUUGAAAACGCAUUAUUUUUUUCCAAACGAUAAAAAUAUUCAGUUUUAAGAUUGUUCUUUUGGUAUUUUUAACUUAAAGGAAUAAAAUGUUUUGCAUUUUGACCCAAAAAAGUUUAAUUUCAUCGGCACGCACUUUAAACAAUAUGAAAAGAUGAUGAGAUCGAUAUCACGUAUUUUACCGUGAUACUAAUAUGAGUUGAAAAUUCACCCGAGUUUGCUGUUUGUCUAACCCGUGACUAACUUUUCUUCAUGGGAGAAAAUUAUGCGCUUUAUAAUUCCUCCGAAUUUUUGUGCCAGCCAAACAAUAUCGAAACAUUAUUCACAGUCCCUGGAUAUUAAAAAGACUGAACGAAACGCAGUGUAAACCCACUAUGUGCCCUUGUUUACUUCUGAUCACAUGUGCACGAACUCUCUUUUGAAGCGAUUCAUCUCAAUGCACGAUAUUACAUAUUAUACAUGUAAUAUACCAUAUAUUAUAUACUGUGAAAGGUUUGAACCCAGGAGUCAUUUCAAUAGGUUGAGUUUGAUCGUCCGGGUGAUCGUAGUCCUGAAUAGGACUGUUGUUGUUGACAGUGACUGACGUUUCGACAACCUGUGCGGUAGUCAUCUUCAGAGUCAAAGUGAGUUGUAUCACGUCAGUUGAUGGUAUUAUACUCUGCUUAUUGAUCUGAUUGGUCAAUUAUGUCGCGAUGUUAUUGGUCGUCUGUCAGUUAAGCCGUGAUGUUAUUGGCUAUGAAGACUCGUAAUCAGUGAUUGGUGCGUUUCGAUCCGUCUAUUGUCACAGUUAAACGGUCGUCUAUUGUUAGUCAAAUUGUCAGUUCUCCAGUUGUUCUCUCGUAGUUAGUUUUGCUUGAUCUCGUCAAUAAGUCUUUUGUACGGCGCUGGUAACUGUUGGCUACGAUUAGACCAACUCUGGCCCUGUUACGACAGCGACUAUACCGUACAUCAGAGGCACCUCUGAAACUAUUGCACGUAUAUUACAACCGAUAACCACUUUACGGCGACUGCUUACUAAUGUCGAGGACAAAGACAAACCGGAGGACAGACAGGGAGCAGUAUACAAGAUCAAAUGCUGCGACUGCCAGGCUUCUUACAUCGGUGAAACCGGCAGAAACCUAAGCACGCGACUGACCGAACACAAACGCGCGACGAGGAAUGGUGACGUCAACAAUCACAUUGCUGAGCACCAUUUAAAGACGAAACAUCAAAUUGACUGGGACUCUGCGACAUGUAUAACGUAUUCUACAGACUACUAUCAACGUGUUACUUUAGAAAGCUGGUUUACUAACUUAGAACAAACGCCACUGAAUCGUAGCCAACAAUUACCAGCGCCGUACAAACGACUUAUUGACGAGAUCAAGCAAAACUAACUACGAGAGAACAACUGGAGAACCGACAAUUUGACUAACAAUAGACGACUGUUUAACCGUGACAAUAGAUGGAUCGAAACGCACCAAUCACUGAUUACGAGUCUUCAUAGCCAAUAACAUCACGGCUUGUCGAAACGUCAGUCACUGUCAACAACAACAGUCCUAUUCAGGACUACGUUCACCCGGACGAUCAAACUCAACCUUUUGAUAUUAUAUACUGUACCAUAUUACACUGUUUUUGCCCCUCACAUUUACAGUGUGUUCGUUCGUCGUGUUCUAAACACUUUUAGGAAAAUAAGGGUGAUGUAAGUCAUGUGUAUCUUUCGAGAUAAAUCGAUUAUAGGAUUUUUUUAAGUUCCCAUUUGGCGGGAACUUUAGUUUACAUGUCCAUAAAAUGGUAUGCAUGGUAAGAAACUUUACGCGAGCUGUGAACUUUCAAAGGAUUAUCGAAAUCAUGUGCAUAUUUAAUGAUGAAAGCUUUUAGCAAGAUACAGAUACAAGCAAAAGCAAAACCUCUGGCCUACAUUGAAAACAACUGUAAGCUCUACUCAGUCACCAGACCUUGUCAGUAAUAGCUGCUACUUCCCUCAAGUUGGUCUUUGUGAAGCUCUCGGCUGGCCGGGUGAAGCGUUGAGCUUGUGUGGGAAAUUCUCAAAGUUCCUAUUUUUGUCCGCGUCUUCUUUAUCCUUGUCCGAAAUUUAGAUCUCCAAAGUGGCGAGUGUUGCAGUAAGUAGAAGGAAAUAUUAAAAUGAAAAGCCAGUCCUCCCAGCUACAUGGCGAAGUUGUCACUUCCCUCACUCAUGGACGUCCAUUUCUUAACAUUACGAAUCAUCUGACAUUGAUCUGCAACUGAGUUGUUCGCUUCGGUACAACAGCUUACAAACAUGUCUUAUUUUGGUAUCAUACUUUGCUCAUAAAUUGUGGUCAUUGAUUGCUCGUGUACUACAUCGUUAAUUCUCUCUUUGAGUUCACGGAACAGCCCGUUCGAAAACUGACGCUCACACUCAUCUUUUAGUGUGGACCUACCUUGAAUAGCGUGUGGGUUUGUAUGCAACGUGAGCAUUUUUAUGAUUCGGUUUUCCAGCGCCAACAUCAUUAAAUGACUUAAAUUCGAACAGUGACAAAACUUAUAAAGUGACUCCUUUCGAUGGUCAGUGAUAUGGUCGAAUCGCUUCGAUCAACGCAAAUAGCCUUGUUGAUUGGCAACCCCUUCUGGGCUUCCUAGGGGGGCGGGAGUGGAGGCGAGGUACAAAAAAUAUUCUUGCUAGGGAAAAUCGUAUGGAACAAGUGCUGAGAACAUCGUUUCUUGGUACCAGACCUCGUGCCUUCGCUACCCCGGGUGAUCGCUUUUCUGCAGAGACGACCGAAAACCGAAAUUAUAAUUAUAGCAAGAAUGGCCGAAAGGCAAUUUUAACUGGGCUGCUAAGGGGCGAUUUUUUCUGAGGGGAGGGGGUGGUUGUACACACUCAAGCCACCAUAAAGCCUUGUCACCGACCAUUGCGUGACAUAUAGGGCGCUUUCCAAUUACCAAAAACUUUGAGAAAGCUCCAUGAAGAGGUGCAUCGAGUGAAGAACGUGUUCCAUUUUCUUUCAUGCUCUCGUCAUCAAAAUUGAAGAUGGUGACACAGAUAUCGCCGCGAAAAGCCUGGAACUGGUCCGGAAAGUUUCGAACGGGUAACCGGACUACAUUUUCAAAAUCCACUUAUUCCCGGGAAUUUUUCAUUGCAACGCACGGAAAACGUGUGUGCCAUUAACAUCCCAACCGGAAAUUCUGAAUUUCUUGGUAACUAGAAGGCGCCCCAUCCUCGGAGACCCAGAGGCAGUUAGUCGGGUCGAUAAAAUGUUCGCGGCUAACUGCCCCUGGGUCUCCGAGGAUGAAGGCGCCCAGAAUCUCAUGUGAGAGUGAAACAUAAAGUCAUUUGAGCAUUGUACCUUUUUGGAAGACUUUCGUAACAAGAAAAAUGAGUACCACAUUUCAAAGUCAGGGCUGUAUAGUAACUUUUCAGCAUUAUGAAUAAAAACUACAAGAAGUAAAUCCAUCGAGCAAUAUUUUUUACGUAUUCUUGCAAUUCUUCUGUUCAGUUUUAGUGAGAAAUUUGGCUUUUUCGUCUUCCUCAAGGAGUUUAAGGCCGGGGACAUAAGGGGUUUACUUGUGGAAAAUGACUUAUUUUUCCAUAGAAACCAAGACGAAAAGUUGGGUAUCAAAACGAUAUAAAAUAGAAAGGAAAGGGAAAGAAAGAAGGCGAGAAAGAAAGAUCGAAAUAGAUAUUGCAAAAACCGUCCAAAUUUUUUCUUACGCGCAUGCGCCAAAACCAAAAAUAAAACUUAACUCGCGGGAAAAUAUGCAAAGGGUUAAAGGGGCGGUAAUUCGAGGGAGGCGGAGGGGGUUUAUUUGAAGGGGGCGCUUAUUCAAGCAGUAUCGGUUACUAAAGGAGGUAAAGCAUUCCAUGUUGUGAAAGUUUUGAACCCAGGAGUCAUUUCAAUAGGUUGAGUUUGAUCGUCCAGGUGAACGUAGUCCUGAAUAGCACUGUUGUUGUUGACAGUGACUGACGUUUCGACAGCCUGUGCGGUAGUCAUCUUCAGAGUCAAAGUGAGUUGUAUCACGUCAGUUGAUGGUAUUAUACUCUGGUUAUAGAUCUGAUUGGUCAAUUAUGUCGCGAUGUUAUUGGUCGUUUGUCAGUUUAGCCGUGAUGUUAUUGGCUAUGAAGACUCGUAAUCAGUGAUUGGUGUGUUUCGAUCCGUCUAUUGUCACAGUUAAACAGUCGUCUAUUGUUAGUCAAAUUGUCAGUUCUCCAGUUGUUCUCUCGUAGUUAGUUUUGCUUGAUCUCGUCAAUAAGUCGUUUGUAUGGCGCUGGUAACUGUUGGCUACGAUUCAGUGGCGUUUGUUCUAAGUUAGUAAACCAGCUUUCUAAAGUAACACGUUGAUAGUAAUCUGUAGAAUACGUUAUACAUGUCGCAGAUGUCCCAGUCAAUUUGAUGUUUCGUCUUUAAAUGGUGCUCAGCAAUGUGAUUGUUGACGUCACCAUUCCUCGUCGCGCGUUUGUGUUCGGUCAGUCGCGUGCUUAGGUUUCUGCCGGUUUCACCAGAAGCCUGGCAGUCGCAGCAUUUGAUCUUGUAUACUGCUCCCUGUCUGUCCUCCGGUUUGUCUUUGUCCUUGACAUUAGUAAGCAGUCGCCGUAAAGUGGUUAUCGGUUUGUGAGCAACACGUAUAUUGUAAGGUUGUAAUAUACGUGCAAUAGUUUCAGAGGUGCCUCUGAUGUACGGUAUAGUCGCUGUUGUAACAGGGCCAGAGUUGGUCUGAGAGUUGGAAUCAGUGUUACUGUGAGUGUUCCGUCUAACAAUUAAAGUCCGUGUUGUAAUUGUUCUUACUAAAAACGUUGUUAAGAUAAUCAGUCUCGUCUUGUAGGCUGUCAGGUGAGUCGCAAACUAGUUGCGCUCGUCUCGUCAGAGUCCACUACUGAGCGAUAGACUCAGUAAAUCAGAUAAGGGGACAUUACGAGGCAGGCAAGGAAAGGAAUCUUUUAAAAUCGGUGGGAUUCGAACCCACGACCUCUGGACUAGAUGAGGCCUGAGGAAGCAAGUCGUCGGUAAUUAAGGUGGUGGAUCGCGGCGAGGAAAGAGUGUGCGGGGAACAUAGAAUGUUGUCCCGCAUAGCAAUAGUAACAAAUGAUGGAAUAAAGACCCUCUUUCUUCGCCGCAGUAACUGUCUACGAGCCUUUUUCUUGUAUAUCUGCUUACCUUAAAAAAGGAACAUUAUAUGGAUCGGAUGGAUGGCUUUGCUGUGAGUACUACGACAAUGUUGCUAUUAGCACUUACUUCUUUUUCUUUUCUUUCUCACCCCAAGGUGCCACUUAUCAAUACGAUUCAAAAGCGUUUCUGUUUUCACUGGUGAACAAGCCAGGAUGGGCACCUGUCAAAUUGCCUCAAACAGGGAUAUAUGCUUCAAAAAAAAGAUCCAUAUACGGUUACAAAAACAAUGGGCCUACAUUCGGAGGUGGAUAUGACAUUUACAUUUCCAACUACGCGUGGUCCAAUAGAAAUUCUUACAGCGACAUUGGCCAUACUUACAGCCCACCUAGCGGGUACAGCUUCCACAGCACCUUCGCCAGAACAUUCCUGGCAGGAACUUACGGGUUCUCACCAGACGAAGUAGAAGUUUUUUACGAAACAACCAAAAUGCAGUGA